AUGGGUGAGAGAAAAGGAACAAACAAAUACUAUCCUCCCGAUUUCGAUCCUAAUCAUCACAGGAAUCUCAACUCAUACCAUGGCACACAUGCUCUACGUCAACGUGGGAGAAAGGCUGGUCAAGGCAUUAUCACUAUUAGAUUUGAAAUGCCUUUCAACUGCUGGUGUCUCACUUGUAAAAAUCCUAUCGGUAUGGGUGUCAGAUAUAAUGCAGAAAAGAAAAAAGUAGGGAUGUAUCACUCAACUCCUAUCUACCAAUUCUCUAUGCCUUGCCAUCUCUGUGCUGGUAGAAUUGUAAUGCAGACGGAUCCAAAAAACUUCCAAUAUGUUAUUCUGGAAGGUGCUAGGCGUAAAGUACAAAAGUGGGACUCAGAAGAAAAUGAACAAGUCCUUAUUGCAGAUCACUCUGAAAAGAAGCAGCUCGCUACUGAUGCCAUGUAUCAUUUGGAGCACAAAGUAACUGACAAGAGGAAAGCAAGUGAGAUCAUACCAGCAAUUCAAGAAGUCCAGAUUGAUCGUUUGAGACACGAAGAUGACUUUACUUUGAAUCAAAUUGCUCGUAAAAAGUUUCGUGAAGCCAAAAAGCAAUCUGAGGAAAAAUUGGUCAGAGAUAACUCUCUCUUAAACCGCUUAUCACUAACUGGGUCUCACGUUGAACUUCUUCCUGAAACUGAGGACGACUCAACUAUGGCAAAAGUUAUGUUCCUUACACAUUCGAAACGUAAUAUAACCGCAAAUCCUUUGAAUUCUACGUCUCUCAUUCGUAAUAGAAACUCACAUGUGCCAGCUUCUAAAGCCAAAAGUGCAUCGAAAGCUGAUAACAUCAAAAAGUCAACUAUAUCAACGUUAAAAAAGACUCCAAGGAUCCCUAACACACCCAACUUGAAUUCACUCAGCAGUAUCUGCAUCGCUUGUAUGACAGAUUCAAAUAUUUUGAAGCGUGUUUGGGAGGGUAAGGUUCCAGCUUGCUUUACGUUGGCACAAGAGGAUUUGGCGCAUGAAGAUCAUGCUCCUCCGCCUAUAUAUAUGUUCCUUCCUCGUGUUUCUUAUUUUCCAUUGGUUACUGAAAAAGUUAUAAGACAAUUCAGUCAGUUUUCUGAAUGUGCACUCAAGACUGCAUCCAAAGAUAUGACCUCUGAGACACGGGGCAAAUUAGAAAAUGAAAUGCAAUAUACUCAAUCCGAUCAGAUUGAUACUUUCAAACAGCAUCCUUUAAUACACGAAUUUUGGCUUGAAUAUGCUCAUCAACCCUUGAAAUGGCACUAUCCGAUCGGACUUGUAUUUGAUAUGUGUGCAGAUACAGUGGACAUUCCAUGGAAGAUAACAGUUCAUUUUAGUAAUUACCCAACUGACUUGCUUUUAUCCCCACCGGUAAGUCGACUAGCUGUUGAAGCACAUUUCCUGUCGAUGAUUAAAGAAGCCGAUGCUUUAAAGCAUCGUAGCUACGUUAUCAAUCAAAUGCAAGCUAGAGAUCAUCGGCAAUUAUGGAAUGGCUUACUACACUUUCGAUAUGACCAAUUUUGGUCGAUCAAUAGCAAAUUAAUGGAGCCUCUUCCACAAAAUACCAAGGAUCUUCCUUUAGAGGAAAUGUCUGCCCCUGGAAUUCCAGAAAAUAAACCAUUGUCUUCAAGUCUCAAUAACAUGUCAUCUUCAAAGUGUAGAACUUUUCGUUACAUUCCAUGUCGUCUUUAUUGUGUUUCUGAGAAUUCAAGUUCCACACCAUCUGGUUUCAUUCAAAAACUUAUCCGUCCUUUAAAUGAUGACGGUUCGCUUACUUCACUUCAAGAUGCUAUCGAAAUUCUUUUGCAUACAAAUAAAAAUCCACUUGUACAAAAUACCAAACCAAAAGGGUAUCUGUUUUUCAUCCAUGGUAUCACAUUACCCCACGAAACACCGAUGCAAUGGAUCAGCGAACACUUAUCCUAUCCUGACAAUUUUGUGCAUGUUGUUGCACGUCCUCAAAGCCAUUCUCAUCGGAUUAAAAUUCAUAAUCCUUCAUACAUGUAA